CGACUUUGAGGUUUGAGGUGCAGAAGUAUUGAUUUCGCCUUUUGAAAUAAGAUGCGUUUUUCGAGCGGGAAUGAAACGCCUUGGAAACCAACUGUGCGAAUGGAUGGGCAGAGAGCCACGCAAUCAAUACCCUUGUCGUGACGAGCGGCAACAGAAUGGUUGCAGGUGGCACUACAUCCCUUGUCCGACUGAACGACACGCGACGAAUGCCCUGCCGCGGAGUUCGCGAGGGAUUUGGCUUCAGGAAGGGCUGUGACCCCAAAAGCUGUGGUGGCUGCUGGCAGAGGUAGGACGUCGCAGCUGAGCCACCGCUGCUGCUGAUAGGAAACGAGACCCAUGUUUGGUCGGUCGAGGCAACGUCUUGGGACCUGCCCGUACAAAAAACACAGACUUUGCUGUGGUCAUCUACUUUGUUUCAUAGGCUCAAUCAAGCUGUUUCUUGAGGACUGGCCAUGAUGAGGGUCCAUGCAGCCCCCAGCGGUUCAAGUUGGACAGGAGUCAUGCAGUUCGCCCAUGGUUGGCCAAUGGACACGGCCUGUCUCAGAACAGCCCGACUGCUGGGCCUGGCUCCCUACGUGCAGACUGGAAGCAAACUCACACAACCUGGUUGGCUCCGCUGGUACAGCAUUGGGGUGACGAUCACUUCAAGCCUCGGCGCUGUCUUGUUUUUGUUGCUCGACGGAGUUGUAAUGAUUCAAAGUCCUGCGAGAGAGUAUCUCUCAAUGGCUGAAGUACUUGUAACCCUCGGUUACGGCUUCAUGGCCGGGGGCGUGAUCCUCAGUCGGUAUUUCAUCAUUCGGCGUCAGUACCCGCACUUGCAGCAAGUCCUUCUGCAUCCGGUGGUUCUCGGCGAGGCGAAGAGGACGCCGUCAAAGGGGGCUCUGCUCGUACUCUACCCGGACCUGGCGAGAACUAUUGCCUUCAUUGUUUUGGUACCGAUUAUCUGCGCCGCGAUGCUGCUGGAUGCUUGGUACGGUGUGUUCUCGGUCCUGCUGGCUGUUGAAAAGGUUCUGGAAUCGGCAGAACUGUCGCUGUUUCUGUUCCUUCUGGACACGUUGGCCAGCGACUUCAAACGCCUGAAUGGAGAAAUCACAUUUUUGAAACAGAGAAAGGAAUCGCAGAAGGAUAUUUCGGAAGUGGUCUUGCAGAUUCGCAAGGCCCACCUCAAAACGACAGAAUGUCUGGAAGAUGUGUGCGAGUGCUUCGGCCCACAAGUGUCUUCGGUUCUGUUCAACAUGUGCGCACUAGUGGUUGGUCUUCUCGCAGUCUCCAUGACCAUUGCAGAAAGAAUGGCCACAUACGUCAAUACCUCCAACAGGCCUUUCCUCAUCUAUGCCUUUUUUGCGCUCACCGCGGGACAGGUCCCGAUUUACAUCUUUUCGAUCAUUAGAUCCUUGAAUACUGCUGACAACGUGACCGCAGAGGGAAACAGAGCCAUGACCGUCGCUCACUCACUGGCAAGUGUGUGUCGUUUAACUUCAAAGGAAACAGAACAGGUGGAAAUUUUCACCACACAACUCUCCCAGCGCGCUGCUGCCGUCCGCCUCUGUCGCGUUGUAACGUUGGACCUCAGUUUGGCAUUGUCGGGAUUGGGAUCGGUGGCCAACUUUUUCGUCCUCAUCUUGCAGAUGCGGGAAGUUAAACUCGAAUCAAAAUCUCACGAGACUGAAGUGUUCUCCAAUUCGUCUCGAUCACCAUGAAACACACGGCGAAAACGAUGUCUGGAAAUUUCCAGACAUUUUUGCCGCUUUCCAGAUAUUUAUCUGGGAUGCACCUUUUGAUCCCAAACCGGCCCCACAGCGUCUGCCAGAAGAAUCACGAGCUGGUUUAUCAAGAAGUCUGGCCUCUCACCUCUGCCCUGGGAGCCCGCCGAGCCGUAGACCUUGGCGAUGGUCUUGCCGGCGACGAGGGCGCUGAGGCCGCGGCCGCUGCCUUGACGGUCUCGGCCUUGGGGCGGACGAGCAUGGCGGUCACUGUUAUUCAAACUGCGAUAACCACUGUAUAUAUUUUGCAAUAAAAAUCUUAUCACAUUUUUUUGCUUUGAUGACAACUAAAUAUCUGCAAUAAAAAAUUUAUAGCUAAAUUUUGCAAUAAAGUAUCACAUUUUU